CCGGGGCUCUUUGGCGUGGCAUUGGCGCUCCGGCAGUGAGCGAGCGAGUCGAAGCUCAGGGCUGCGUCUGGGAAGGGUGCGUGGAGCCUUUUGCGCGUGGCGAAAGGAAAAGAGCGGGCGAAGGACGCGGGAAGUCGGGAGCGUGGGCCAUAAUUUGAGAGAACUAAACCAUGGCUUGGCAUGAAUUCAGUGUGCUGAAUUGGCUCCGAGAGAGUCGGCAGUCUCGGAAAUUAAUCUUGAUGAUUGUCUUCAUUGCUCUGCUCUUGGACAACAUGCUGCUGACUGUAGUUGUGCCAAUAAUACCAAGUUAUUUGUAUAGCCUUAGACACCCCAAAAAUGUAACGGAUGUCCAAACCAUUAGACCAGAGACUCCUUCUGUCAACUCGAACAGAUUGCAAAGCAUCUUUUCUUAUUAUGACAAUUCAACUAUAGUUACUGGAAAUAAUUCUGAAAGAACAAGGCCAGAAGAUUAUUAUUAUGCUCAGACAGAGCAAAUGGUGGUAAAUAUGACUAAGACCACUCCAUCCUCCUCAGACUGUCCAAAGAAAGACAAAGAAUUGGUGAAUGAAAAUGUAGAAGUUGGUUUGCUUUUUGCUUCCAAAGCAACUGUCCAGUUCCUUACUAACCCUUUUAUAGGACCAAUGACAAACAGGAUAGGCUAUCAGGUCCCCAUGUUUGCUGGUUUCUGCAUCAUGUUUAUUUCAACAAUAAUGUUUGCCUUUUCAGAAAGCUAUAAAUUGCUUCUAAUUGCAAGAGCUCUCCAAGGUGUUGGUUCAUCUUGUUCGUCUGUAGCUGGGAUGGGUAUGCUAGCCAGUGUCUAUACUGAUGAUGAAGAAAGAGGCAAUGCAAUGGGAACUGCCUUGGGAGGCUUGGCCUUGGGGGUAUUAGUGGGUCCACCUUUUGGAAGUAUCUUAUAUGAAUUUGUUGGGAAGGCAGCCCCAUUCCUGGUGUUAGCAGCAUUGACUCUUUUUGAUGGAGCAAUACAAUUGCUAAUAUUACAGCCAUCUAAGAUACAGCCAGAAAGUCAAAAAGGAGCAUCAUUACUGACCCUCUUGAGAGACCCAUACAUUCUUAUUGCUGCAGGAGCAAUAUGUUUUGCAAAUAUGGCAAUUGCCAUGCUGGAACCAGCUUUACCCAUUUGGAUGAUGGAGACAAUGUGUUCAAGCAAAUGGCAACUGGGCAUUGCUUUCAUUCCAGCUAGUAUCUCUUAUCUGAUUGGAACAAAUCUUUUUGGGAGGCUUGCACACAAAAUGGGAAGGUGGCUUUGUGCCCUAACUGGAAUGAUAAUAGUGGGAAUAAGCAUUUUGUGUGUACCAUUUGCUAAAAACAUAUAUGGACUUAUAGUACCCAAUUUUGGAGUUGGCUUUGCCAUUGGGAUGGUGGAUUCUUCACUGAUGCCUAUUAUGGGUUACCUUGUUGAUCUGCGCCAUGUUUCUGUCUAUGGGAGCGUUUAUGCAAUUGCAGAUGUUGCCUUUUGUAUGGGUUUUGCUUUAGGUCCAUCUGUUGGUGGUGCUAUUGCAAAGUCAAUUGGAUUUCCAUGGCUCAUGACAAUUAUAGGACUUAUUGAUAUCCUCUUUGCUCCCCUGUGUUUGUUUCUUCGCAGUCCACCUGCCAAGGAAGAAAAAGUGGCAAUACUUAUGGAUCAAAACUGUCAUUUAAAAACCAAAAUGUAUACCCAGAAUAGCAUCCAACCAGAUCCAUUAAAUGAUGAUGAAGAAGAAUGUGAGAGUGAUGAAUAAUAUUUAAAAGCUGGUAUUGGUAAUUCAAUGACCCAUCUCAUCAAAAAGUUUUAAUUGUAUUGCUCUUUUAAUUGUGAACUUGUAAAACAAAACAAAACCAAAGGUACAGUUAUUUAUUGCCCUGGAUCAAGAUUACCCAUUGCCUUAUGAAAAAAUAUAUAUUAGAAGAUUCUGUUGUUAAAACUUGUUGCUUAACAUUAUGCAUUUUGUAAAUGUAUACAUCUCCAUCUAGAUCCAAUAUUAAUUCAAAUGUUUCCCUUAUUAUACAUUUUCAUUUAAUUCAUUGCAGCAAUGAGUGCCUGAAACUAGCAAUUAUAAAUUUUCAGAUUGUCAAUUUAAA